CUCUUGACGUAGGCCCCUCCUGCUUGCUUCACUUCACUUGACUCGACUUAUCUCAUCCUCAGGCCGCUGCCGCUGCCCUCACCACCUGCGCCAUCACCACAUCCUCCUCCAGCAAUCACUUCGCAAGACGUCUCUGUGCCCCAGACCAGCGCUGUCGCUUUGCACGACAGCAUCGCCAGGCUGAACCCGCCUUAUCGUCCCAGGCCUGUCGCAACCAGAUCGUCUCACUACCAGCGGGGUUGUUGUUGUUGUUGUUGUCAAACGGCAGGACCCCGCCACACGAGGAGGUGAGAGACUGCACCUCAAGAGACUGCUCGUCUCCUGAUACCGCGCCCGCUUGCGAACAGGCAUUUCAAAACGCCAACAUGACGCCAACCCCGCCUUCCACCACGACCUCGACCUCUGGGCACUCGCCCGAGGAGCAGUACCGGGUGGUGCGAAGACGCAAUCGCGUGCCGCUCAGCUGCCACCCGUGCCGGACCAGGAAACUCAAGUGCAACCGGGGACAUCCGUUCUGUGAGAAUUGUGUCAAGCGCGGCGACACCUCGUCCUGUGUCUACGCUGCACCCACCAGCCGGAAAAAGACACAGGACAGUAGUGGCGCAGCGCCUACCCCAGAUGACAUGCAAAACCGGAUCGACAGGCUCGAGGGUCUGGUCCUCAGCCUCAUGCACGGGGGCGCGAACAUUGACCCGGCAGCAAUCGCUGCAGCCGCAGCCGCUGCCGCACCAGCCAAUCCAUCCGUGUCGAUGUCUGCACCGUCGACAACGGACAGCUCAUCAUUCGUGCGCGUAGAAAAGGACGGCGAUGGUAUCAUGAGAGAUGACGAUCAAGACGACGACAGUGACGACGACGACGACGACGCCGCCGGCCUGGCCGCCUCUGUGGGCUUCCUCAAGCUGGAUGCUGACAAGGGCAGAACAAUGUACAUUGGCCACGAACAUUGGCAUACGCUCCUUGCCGACAUUUCAGAGGUCAAGACUUUCUUCAAUUCCCAUAAGAAGGACCUCGAGAAGAGCUAUGAGAGAGUUCUGCAAUCCAAACCACCAAUGGCGCUAGACUCGCCAAUCUUCUUGCUCUCGGCGGCAGCCGCCACAGAAGUCGAGCUGAGGUCUGAGCUACCGUCACGAUCGGCCGUCAUGACACUUGUUUCGCGCUAUUUCAACUCCCAUGAUGGCUCGAGCUGCAUCAUACACGGCCCAACCUUCCAAGAAGAGCUGCGGCGCCACUGGCAAGAUCCGUCCAGCUCCACCGUUGUCUGGAUCGGUCUAUUGUACUCCAUACUGUGCUUGGGGAUGCUGAGCUAUAGCCGAGUGGGCGAUGAGCCACCAGAAUGGAAAGGACGGACGUUAGACUUGGCUGCAGAAUUCCGCCUGCGGACUGUACAGUGUCUCAACCUGUCGGAUUAUACCAAGCCCAGGGAGUAUACUGUGGAAACCAUGAUUUUGUACCUGUUCGGAGAGUUCUCAUCCCGAUAUGACGCCGACGUCAGCUUCUGGAUUAUCAGCUCUACCAUUGCCCGAACAGCCAUGCGGCAGGGGUACCAUCGAGAUGGAAAGCUGUUUCCGUCGAUGAGCCCGUUUCAAGCGGAAAUGCGCAGGCGUGUGUGGACAUUAGUUCGAAUGGCAGACAUCAUGUUCUCAAAUCAGGUCUCUCUUCCGUCCAUGAUAUACGCCCAGGACACAGAUACAGAGCUGCCUAGUCUCUUGUUUGACGAGGAAUUCGGCCCGGAGACCAAGGUGCUCCCACCAUCGAGACCUAUAACAGAGCCUACCCCGAUAGCCUACCAGGUGGCCAAAGCAAAGAUGGCCUUCGAGUUUGGAAACAUACUUCAAAUCAUCACCAGGCUCUCGCCGCCAAUUGCGUACGAUGAGAUCCUGGUACGUGAUGCGAAGCUUCGAGAAGCGCAUUCGGAAUUACCCCCGCACCUGAAGAUGCAACCCCUCGAGAACUCCCAGGACCCUGUCAAAUUGCUCGUGGCGCGAUUGAAUCUGCAGUUCCUCUUUUACAAAAUCAUGUGCAUCCUGCACCGCAAGCACAUGGUCAUGGCGCGAAACAAUCCGCGAUAUGCGCAUUCAAGGCGCACCGCGAUCGAAGCAGCCCUGGACAUGCUCGAGCUCUUCCGAUCCGUCUGCCGCGAAUGCGAGCCAAAUGGCAGGCUAAGAACACACAAGUGGUAUGUCGGCUCCGUGUCACGGGACACUUUACUGGCAACCAUGUUGGUCCUGAUGGAAGUCCACGAGAACGAUGCCAGUGUGGCUUCCGGCAAGCGGCAGGAUUCCCAGACCAUGUUCUUCUGGACGCCAACACAGCGCCAAGAGAUGAUUGACGCGGUCUAUGGGGUGCGCGACAUCUGGAAGAGAUUGGCACAAGAAACAGUCGAGGCAUACAAGGCAGUCAACAUCAUCGACAUCAUUCUGGCAAAGAUCAACAAGAAGGACACUGCGCAGAAUCCCGAAGUCGCAAUGGCUGAGAAUAUAUUUUCUGGUUUCUCCGAAAACAGCAUGAAACCCGAGCAGUCAGCAGCAAUGACCCUCGGGAUGAUGUCUAGCGGGCUUACGCCAAAUACAAACUUCCAAUCCCCGGGUCCGACGGGCCACACUUAUGUUCCUCCGGACUUCAGCAGCUCAAGCGGCAUGGUUCCGGAUUUCAUGACCGAAUUCCCUCAGCCGGCUAGUGGUCCAUUCUCACCUUUCUCCAUGUUCACCAAUUUGCCGACCGCAAAUCCCGAAUUUGACCAAAGUAUUGAUUGGUCUACAUUUGAUGGCCUGUCACAGAACACAGAAUGGCCAGCCGACAUGUCUGCGUGGAACUUUUUCUCGGGUGGUGGUGGGGAGCAACAACCGCCCGCAGCACAGAGCCAGUCACCUAACAAUCCGCCAACGUGGACGUAAGCAGAGGUAAUACUAAUCUUAUGAGGUACAUAUGAGAUAUGAACAAAGUGCCGGGCGUGAUGAUAUCACGCCGCAAUCGAAUAGGGUUUGGUGAAAAUGACGAGAUGCUCUUGGUCACCUGGAGUUUUGGGACUUGGAAAUGGUUGUUGUGCUUCCAGAGCUCGGAGAAUUUGUCGGGCAUCCCGCUGUAAAGCAGUGCCUCUGUAUGAUAGUUUAGCAAGCGACAUAGACAGGACGGACAGGAGUUGGACGUGCAACGAGGAGCUCAGAGCUCUGAAGACCGGAAGCCCGCGCCUAUAGGGCAGCGCAAGUAUGUAAUCACAAGGAAGAAGGCGGGAUAUGACGUCUGAACCCCUCUCACACUUUUAUGUUAUGGUCAGAAUUAUCAGAUCUUCAGAUUGAAUGCCACACUUUGUAUUCGGGCCGAUUACGUAUGCAUGCCUGGCACCGGCAGAGUCGCCGUGCCAAAUGCAACUGCGCAUCUUUCC